AUGUGCAUCGUCUUUACCUGUGGCGAGCACACUUUCCGCAAGGAGGUGGAAGGCUACGAAGGCCUCGUGUGCCGAUGCUACAACUGCGGUAACUACUCGGGCUCAGUGAUCAAAGAGAACCCCUGGUUUACCUUCUGUUUCAUUCCCGUGAUCCCGCUCUCGAUGAAAGGCCACGAGGACGUCGUCUGCCGCAUCUGCAACUUCCACCAGCCGCUCUCGCACCGACCCGACGUCCAGGCCCUCCGCGGGCAACAAGGGGGCCACGCCAUGCCGAUGCAGCCGCCGCCGCCGGGGGGACAGGGCGGCCCGCCACCGGGGGGACAGGGCGGCCCGCCACCCCACGGAUGGGAGCAUGGCACGCCGAAACCGAACGGGCCGAUGCACUAUGGAUGA